AUGGCGGGGGUGCUGCGGAGAGGGGCCGGGCUUCUUACCAGGCUGCAGAUGUCAGCUCCCACAGUGAGAGCCCUGUCAUCAUCAGAGUCCUCUGCACAGAACAUUCCGAGCUGUGUGUGGAAGCUGGGCCGACUCAACCACGUGGCCAUCGCAGUGCCUGACCUGGAGAAGGCUCGGGGGCUGUACAGGGAUGUGCUGGGAGCCCAGGUGAGCGAGGCCGUGGCGCUUCCCGACCACGGCGUCUACACUGUUUUUGUGGAGCUGGGCAAUACCAAGCUGGAACUUCUACAUCCUUUAGGAGAGAAAAGUCCCAUCGCAAGUUUUCUGCAAAAAAACAAGACUGGAGGAAUGCAUCAUAUCUGCAUUGAGGUCGAUGACAUAAAAGCGGCCAUGGCAGAACUGAAGAAAAAACAGAUGCGAAUAUUGAGUGAAGAGCCAAAAAUAGGUGCACAUGGCAAACCUGUGAUUUUUCUACACCCCAAAGAUUGCCAUGGAGUCCUUGUGGAGCUUGAGCAAGCCUGAGCUGUAAUAUUCAUAAAUAAAACAAUGGAAGUUGUGAAGUUCC